CAAACACAGUUCAGCGCCACACGCUCGGAGCAGAGACCCGCAGCUGUCCGUCCGACACGAAACAAACUCUGCUGACUGGAAGAAGACUCUGAACUCUGCUCUUAAGAAGUCUUUACCUGCGUACACCUGAGAAGGAAAGGCCUCAAGUCUCGCGUGAAGUGCAUCUCCCGCGGUCUCUUCUGCUUGGCGUGAGCUAGCUUAGCCUGUUAGCCUAGCAGGACAACCACUCACCCGUGUCCGUCCGUGCGGGACUCUUUUUGUUUACCCUCAGGAGCGGAGACAAACCCACGGAGCUGCACCAGAACUGAUCCAGACCUUGAGUUGAACCCGCAGCUGCACGAUCCGGAUCCGAACUCGACUUUUGCACGUCAAGUUUCAACAAAACGGCAACAAAACACAACCUGCAAAACAAGGAAGUGUGAAUGAACUUUGCUGCCAGCUAGCACCUAGCCGUCCCUGCAGCUGAGAGGGGUUAUAUGCAGAGUCCUGCAGAGUCUCAUGUUGAUUAUCUGUGGGAAACAAAUCAUCUUCUAGUUGAUAUUCUGACUGUUAUCUACCGGAAACAGUCUGCUGCUGUUGUUUCUUUUAUCCUUAAACUUAUAAAAGAGUAAAAACAAAGAUGAUUCCGGAUAAAGCGCCGAAGGAAAACGUCUUCCACGGGUCUGAAGACCUGAAGGAAGAGGCUCACAUCUCCAGCUUUGAGAAAUAUAAAGAGCUCUACCUGAGAUCUAUAGAGAACCCCGAUGAGUUCUGGGGAGACAUCGCCAAAGACUUCUUCUGGAAGACCAAACACACGGGUCCGUUCCUCGACUACAACUUCGACGUGACCAAAGGAGAAAUAUUCAUCAAGUGCAUGGACGGCGCCACCACCAACAUCUGCUACAACGUGCUCGACCGCAACGUCCACGAGAGGAAACUGGGCGAGAGAGUGGCCUUCCACUGGGAAGGCAACGAGCCCGGGGACGAGCUGACGGUGACGUACAGAGAGCUGCUGCAGAGGGUCUGCCAGUUUGCAAACGUGCUGAAGUCUCAGGGAGUGAAGAAGGGCGACCGCGUGUCCAUCUACAUGCCCAUGGUGGUGGACCUGGUGGUCGCCAUGUUGGCCUGCGUCCGCAUCGGAGCGGUUCACUCCAUAGUGUUUGCUGGUUUCUCUUCAGAGUCUCUGUGCGAGAGGAUCAUGGACUCUCAGUGCUCGCUGCUCAUCACAGCAGAUGGUUUCUAUCGGGGAGAUAAGCUGAUCAACCUGAAGCUCUUAGCUGAUGAAGCGAUGCAGAAAUGCAGAGACAAGGGUUUCCCAAUAAAGAGAUGCAUAAUGUUGAAACAUCUGUCUAAAGACGUUGAAGAGUCUCCGCUGGGCUCUCAGUCUCCUCCGGCCAAACGCACCUGUCCUGACCUGCAGCAGGAGAAACAGUCAGGCAGAGUAAAGAAAACACGUCCUGUUCCGCAGGUGCCGUGGAACCCCGAGGUGGACUUGUGUUGGCACGAUCUCGUCAGAGGAGCGUCGGACGAGUGUGAACCCGAGUGGUGCGAGUCUGAAGACCCGCUCUUCAUCCUCUACACCAGCGGCUCCACCGGCAAACCAAAGGGCGUCCUCCACACAGUCAGCGGCUACAUGCUCUACACCGCCUCCACCUUCAAACUGGUGUUCGACCACCAGCCUGACGACGUCUACUGGUGCACGGCGGACAUCGGCUGGAUCACCGGACACUCGUACAUCACGUACGGACCGCUGGCUAACGGCGCCACCAGCGUCCUGUUCGAGGGCCUGCCUACUUACCCAGACGUGAGCCGCAUGUGGGAGAUAGUGGACAAAUACAGCGUGACCAAGUUCUACACGGCUCCGACCGCCAUCAGGCUGCUGAUGAAGUACGGCAGCGAGCCGGUGCAGAAGUACAAAAGAGAGUCUCUGAAGGUUUUGGGGACGGUGGGAGAGCCGAUCAACCCCGAGGCCUGGCAGUGGUAUUACACGGUGGUGGGAGAGAAGAGGUGUCCGAUCGUCGACACCUUCUGGCAGACGGAAACCGGAGGACACGUGUUGACUCCUCUACCUGCAGCCACGCCCAUGAAACCAGGAUCUGCUACGUUCCCGUUCUUUGGAGUGGUACCCGCCAUCUUGAAUGAGUCGGGAGAGGAGCUGGAGGGGCCGAGCGAAGGAUACCUGGUGUUCAAGCAGCCGUGGCCCGGCGUGAUGAGGACGGUGUACGGUAACCAUCAGAGGUUUGAAACCGUCUACUUCAAGAAGUUCCCGGGAUACUACGUCACAGGAGACGGUUGCCGUAGAGACAAGGACGGCUACUAUUGGAUAACAGGGAGGAUAGACGACAUGUUGAAUGUUUCAGGUCACCUGUUGAGCACGGCGGAGGUGGAGUCGGCUCUGGGGGAGCACGAGGCCGUGGCCGAAGCCGCCGUGGUGGGACGACCUCAUCCCGUGAAAGGAGAGAGUCUGUACUGCUUUGUGACGCUCACAGACGGAGUGAAGUACAACCGCACGCUGGAGGCAGAACUCAAGAAACAAGUACGGGAGAAGAUCGGCGCCAUUGCAACACCAGACUUCAUCCAGGAAGCUCCGGGACUCCCCAAGACCCGAUCUGGUAAGAUCAUGCGAAGGUUGCUCCGUAAAAUCGCCUGUGACGAGCGAGACCUGGGCGACACCUCCACUCUGGCCGACUCCUCGGUGAUCGAGCAGCUCUUCCUGAACAGAUGCUGCACCGCCGUCUGACCGCCGCCUCUCA